AUAAUAAUUUGGUAAAACAUUUGAUAUUAUAGACUACUGUAUACUGUAUUGUAUUGUAUGUAUAGUAUUGAGUGACUCAAUGAGUGGACUCACAUCUCAUGUGAGAAUCGGUGAAAACAUAGCGUAUUAGACAAACAAUAGCAUAAUAUUUGUGUAUAUUUUAAGUGAUUGUAUGUUAUAUUUGUGAUUACAUUGAAAUUUAUUUAAUUAAUAGACAUUUAGUUUAACUACAAAUGAUUAGUGAAUGUAAUAAAAUGCAACAUUUGAUAGAAAAACAAUGAAAUGAAUGACUGAAAGACUUUCGUUGAUUUUGAUUGAUUGACAAUAACAAGACAUGAGUACUCAAAAUGGUACCAUCGAUGGCAUCAAACAAGAGGUUUGUCAACAAAAUGGUGACAAUGACCACAAAGACAAUAAUGACAACAAUGAAGAAUCCGAGCCCGAAGUCGAUAUCACUAUUAGUAAUGUUGUCACCAAUUUUAGUGUCAAAUGUCACCUAAAUCUACGACAAAUUGCUAGCAAAGGAUCUAAUGUUGUCUACAAAAGAGAGCAAUCGAUGAUAUUAAUGAAACUGCGGGCACCUUCUGUUACCGCAAGUAUCUGGUCAUCCGGAAAGAUCACGUGCACCGGAGCAACAACUGAGGACUCAGCCAAAUGUGGUGCUCGUCGUAUAGCCCGAUGUCUACAAAAAUUAGGAUUUAAAGUUAAGUUUAAUAGCUAUCGAGUGGUCAAUGUGUUGGGCACUUGUAUUCUGCCAUUUGGUAUCAAAAUUCACGACUUUAGUGCUGAACACAGACCUAUUGCGAGCUAUGAACCAGAGCUACAUCCCGGAGCCACAUAUCGAAUGAAAGAUAUAAAAGCAGUUCUGAAGAUAUUUCAAACGGGAGCCAUCACUAUAACUGCUCCCAGUAUUGGUGCCGUUCAGACUGCUGUCGAAAGAAUCUAUCCCUUAGUCUAUGAAUACCGAAAGCCUAAACCUAAUCAAGCGAUCAAUUCAAAUGAAUCGAAAGGAAGGAAAGGACCCAAAAAGUCAACUCAAAAUUUUAUAGCGAAUGACUCGGAUGAAAGUGAAGCCAAGUUAACUGAUAAUGAAAGCGAUUUAGAAGACAUGGAUUCAAAUAAUAGCGAUGAAGACGACUACUCUGAUAAAUCUGAUUAAUAGUUUGAUAGCUUUUUAUUGAUAUAUUUAUGUCAAAGAUUCUCAAAAAGAUAAAACAAGUUUCUUAUAAUUAUACAAUUGGUUCCAAAUUGUUCUGUGAUAUAAAUACAGACAAACGAUUGUUACUUUAAUAAAACACAUCACAAGAUAUAACAUUAAUUCAUUACUCUGUCAUUGAUCUCAUGAUUAAUAAAAGUAUGGCAUUAAUAUCUACAGUAAUUGUUUACUACUAUUUGUGAAUAUUAUGUAGAUUUAGCUUAC